GGGCGGGCGGCUCUGGGGCGGCUCUGGGCCGGCGGGUUGAGCCUGAGGGGCUCCUGAGCCCGAGGAUCUUGAGGAUCGCGGACCCCGGCGGCCGACUCCGCGCGUGACGGUGGCGGCGGCGGGGACAGCGAGGCCGCGCCGGGAGCCCGGCGUCCCCGCCCCCCGAGCCUGACGGGCGGGCGGCCCGGCGGGAUGAGGCGCUGGCGCGGGGGGCGCCCGGCCGAGCCUCCGCGGCGGCGGCUGCUGCCUCCCCGGGCGGCGCGGCGCUAGGCUCCGGGGCGGCGCUCGGCGGGCGGCGAGGACCGGGAGGACGAGGACCAGGAGGCGGCGGAGCGGCGAGCGGCGGGCCCGGCGCCCGCGGAGGGCAGCCACGGAGCGGCGAUCGGGGCGCAGCGAGGCCGCAGCGGCGCGGCGGGGCCGCGGGGCUCGGAAGAUGAAGUCCUCGGUACAUUCUGAAGAGGAUGAUUUUGUUCCAGAACUACACAGAAAUGUCCACCCCCGAGAGCGGCCCGAUUGGGAGGAGACACUGAGCGCGAUGGCAAGAGGAGCAGAUGUGCCUGAGAUUCCGGGAGACCUCAGCCUUAAGACAUGCGGCAGUACAGCGAGCAUGAAGGUUAAACAUGUGAAAAAACCCACCCCUCCAGGACUGAUGGGCUGCGACAACGUGCACAGGUUGCCCUUCACCAAAGGCCACUUUCCGAAGAUGGCGGAGUGCGCCCAUUUCCACUACGAGAACGUCGAGUUUGGCAGCAUACAGCUCUCCCUGUCAGAAGAGCAGAAUGACGUAACGAAGAACGGCUGUGAAUCGAAAGAGCUGGUCUACCUCGUGCACAUCGCCUGCCAGGGCAAAAGUUGGAUUGUUAAAAGAAGUUACGAAGAUUUUCGAGUACUUGACAAGCAUCUUCAUCUGUGUAUUUAUGACCGAAGGUUCUCCCAGCUCUCAGAGCUUCCCCGUUCUGAUGCCCUGAAGGACAGUCCAGAGUCUGUCACUCAGAUGCUUAUGGCUUACUUGUCCCGGCUUUCAACUAUCGCUGGCAACAAGAUCAACUGUGGACCUGCCCUCACUUGGAUGGAGAUUGAUAACAAGGGCAAUCACCUUCUGGUCCAUGAAGAAUCGUCUAUCAACACUCCUGCUGUCGGUGCAGCCCAUGUUAUCAAGAGGUACACUGCUCGGGCCCCCGAUGAACUCACCUUAGAGGUGGGCGACAUCGUUUCUGUGAUCGACAUGCCCCCGAAAGUGCUGAGCACGUGGUGGAGAGGCAAGCACGGAUUUCAGGUGGGACUCUUCCCUGGACACUGUGUGGAGUUAAUUAAUCAGAAAGUCCCCCAGUCAGUGACCAACUCAGUGCCAAAACCAGUAUCUAAAAAGCACGGCAAGCUCAUCACUUUCUUACGCACAUUCAUGAAGUCUCGACCAACAAAACAGAAGCUGAAGCAGCGGGGGAUCUUGAAAGAGAGGGUGUUUGGUUGUGACCUGGGGGAGCACCUUCUCAAUUCCGGUUUUGAAGUCCCCCAGGUUCUUCAGAGCUGCACGGCAUUCAUCGAGAGAUAUGGCAUUGUGGACGGGAUAUAUCGCCUCUCUGGCGUUGCCUCCAAUAUCCAGAGGCUUCGCCAUGAGUUUGACUCUGAACAUGUCCCCGACUUGACAAAAGAACCCUACGUCCAGGACAUCCAUUCCGUGGGCUCCCUCUGCAAGCUGUAUUUCCGAGAGCUCCCCAACCCUCUGCUCACCUACCAGCUAUAUGAGAAGUUUUCAGAUGCUGUCUCAGCAGCGACAGAUGAAGAAAGGCUGAUCAAGAUUCAUGACGUCAUCCAGCAGCUGCCCCCACCACACUACAGGACACUGGAGUUCCUCAUGAGACACUUGUCACUUCUAGCUGACUAUUGUUCCAUCACAAAUAUGCAUGCAAAAAACCUGGCAAUUGUCUGGGCUCCAAACCUGCUCAGAUCUAAACAGAUCGAGUCGGCCUGCUUCAGCGGCACAGCGGCCUUCAUGGAAGUGAGGAUCCAGUCUGUGGUCGUCGAGUUCAUCCUCAACCACGUGGACGUCCUCUUCAGCGGGAAGAUCAGCGAGGUCAUCCAGGAAGGGGCAGCUUCUCUCUCCAGGCCCAAGUCCCUGCUCAUUUCCUCGCCAUCCACCAAGCUGCUGACAUUGGAGGAAGCCCAGGCCAGAACCCAAGCUCAGAUCAGUUCUCCGCUCGUGACGGAAAACAAAUACAUUGAAGUCGGAGAAGGACCUGCCGCGCUGCAGGGGAAGUUUCACACCAUCAUCGAUUUCCCGCUGGAAAGGAGGAGGCCUCAGAACAAAAUGAAAAAGUCCCCCGUGGGCAGCUGGCGCUCCUUUUUCAACCUGGGGAAGUCGUCGUCCGUUUCCAAGCGGAAGCUGCAGCGCAAUGAGAGUGAGCCCUCGGAGAUGAAGGCCAUGGCUCUGAAAGGUGGCAGGGCCGAGGGAACCCUCCGAUCCGCUAAGAGCGAAGAGUCUCUGACUUCUCUCCAUGCAGUCGAUGGUGACCCCAAGCUGUUCCGGCCCCGGAGGCCGCGGUCCAGCAGCGACGCCCUGAGCGCCUCCUUCAACGGGGACAUGCUGGGGAACCGGUGCAACUCCUACGACAACCUGCCCCACGACAACGAGAGCGAGGAGGACCUGGGCCUGCUCCACAUCCCCGCCCUGGUGUCGCCCCCGUCCGCCGAGGACGUGGACCUGAGCCCGCCGGACAUGGGCGUGGCCAGCCUGGACUUCGACCCCAUGUCCUUCCAGUGCAGCCCCCCGAGGGCCGAGGCCGAGGGCCCCGAGGGCGGCGCCGCUGCCUUCUCGGACUCCCCCACGGGACACCCCAAGGACAGACCGAGCCCCAAUAAGAAGGAUCCGGACGCUGGCGGCAGCCGGGCCCAGACGCCGGGCAGCACUGCCAGCUCCGAGCCCGUGUCGCCUCUGCCGGACACGCCGAGCCCCUUCUUCACCCUGGACCUGAGCCCGGGCGAGGAGAAGUCGGCCAAGCCGUCCUCCUUCACCGAGAAGGUCGUCUACGCCUUCUCGCCCAACAUCGGACGCAAGUUAGGCAAAUCCCCUUCCAUGAACAUAUCUGAGCCCAUCUCCGUGACCCUUCCUCCUCGGGUGUCCGAGGUCAUCAGCGUGGCCUCUGCCACAGCCUCCACCACUGCCUCCGCCACGGCAGCCCAGACACGAUCCCCUCCCGCCUGGCACACGGGUACCGACGAAAGCGCCGUCGGAGUGGGAACUAGGUCCCCUCCCCGGGUAGGAAAGACGAAGGCAGACGAGAGGGAGGCCCUGGACGGGUGCUGCGAGCCCGGAGUCCAGCCCCCAGGCCAGGCGGCGGCGGCAGCGGUGGCCACGGAGGCAGAGGUGCCGGCGAAGGAGAAAGAGGAGGAGCCGUGCGUGUCCGACGGUCAGAGUAAGGCUCUCCCUUCUGGACAGGCUCCGACAGUUUCCCCACCAGGAGCAGCUACCCAUGACCCCCCUCAGGAGGCCAUUCCCGUCAGUUCAGUGUCUCUUAUCCCACCGCCACCGCCUCCGAAAAACGUCGCCCGCCUGCUGGCGCUGGCACUAGCCGAGUCCGCACAGCAAGCCUCCUCCACCCAGCCGCUGAAGAGGCCCGGCGCUUGCCAGCCUGCGAGCUACGGAGACGUGGCGGUGGCUGCCACCGCCGAAGAGAGCCUGCCUAUUUACCGCCCUCAUGUGGCCCUGGACAAGACCCCUGUGCCAGCCGACGGGCCCGCAGAGCACUUUCUCCUCCCGAGCCACGCACCCGGGAGCUGCCAGCAGCUCCUGCCCGACACGGCCGCCGCCGCCGCCACCCGGGACCAAGCCCGCCCCAGCGCCCCCGAGCCCGGGCAGCAGCCCCAUCCGGCCUGCACGUCGGGUGGCCCGGGACAGGCCAGCGCCACUGCAGCUCCCUUAAGAGACUCCAAGUCUGACGAGCAUAUCAUCGGUUUCCAGGACGACCAGCCUGGGAAGACCACGGGGCCCACCGUCUCCUUUGCGGACGAGGACCAGACUCAAGUUCACUUCUACAGCGAUGAUCAGCCGCCUUCUUAUUUCGGGGCAAGCGUGGAUCAGCCCCAUCACGCCUCACCACUGACUGACAAAUCUCCCACACCCUCUCGAGACAGACCCUACCCUCCUGCCGGGUCCCCCGAGGAGCCUGUGGGUACAGCCAGCCUGGCUUACGCAGCCGCUGCUGCGGCUGACACCGGCGCCUGGGAAGCCAGCUGGGAGCCGGCGGAGCAGCCUGCCGCCGCCUCCGAUUUUGCCGCUGCUGCCACCCUUCAGCGUCCGCACAGAACCCACCGCCCUCUUCCCGCUCCUCCGUCCCAGAGACCGGCAGAGCCGUUACCAGCCCCGGGGCAGGGGCCAGCAGGCGCCUGCGUAGGAUUCAAUAAUUCCCACAAGGUCCCAGGAGUCGUUCCCACUCCGGAGAGGCCCCCGGAACCCAGGGCCUCUGCAGAGGAUCCUGCCCCCGGCCUCGCGGGGGACGGCUGUGGGGCUGCCACUCCGUGCCCCGCCUCGGCCCCCACCGCGUGUCCUGCUGCCCAGCCAGGCCUCCCCGAGAAGCUGCGGGAAGGCCCCCGCGCACCCCCUCUGCAUCUGCGCGCGGAGUCCGCCCCCGUGCACGCCGCCUGCGGCUUUCCGGCCCCCGUGCCCCCCGCCCGGACGAUGGAGAGCAAAGUGGCCGCCGCCUCCAUCCACUGCAGCGGCGGCGUGGAGGCAGCCAGCGGUGCCGGGUACCACCCCUUCGGGGAUGAUGUCCUGCCUCUGCCGCUCCCCGUCCCGCAGCCGAAGCACGCGGCGCCUCCGAAAGCCCCUUACUCCGCCUUCACGAGGCCCGAUGUCAUCGCCCCCGAGCCCUUCGGUCCAGAAAACUGUGUACAUUUCAACAUGACCCCCGCAAACUGCCACCAGUACCGACCUCAGAGCGUGCCCCCCCAUCACAGCGGCCUGGAGCCGCCCCACGCCGUAGUCGCCGCCGCCGCCGCCUACGGCGUCCGGUCCGAGCCUCCCGCCUCCCUGGGCGGCCCCCGUUACAACACCUACGUGGCCCCGGGGAGGAGCACGGCGGCGGCGUCCUCCUCGGGACCCCCCUCCAAGCCACCGUGCGGCCGGGUCGAGUACGUGUCCUCCCUGAGCUCCUCCGUCCGGGGCGGCUGCUACCCGGAAGACAUCUCCUCCGUGUACCCCACCAUCCGGAGGGUGCAGUCCCUGCACACCCCGCCGGCCGCCGCCGUGAUCCGCUCCGUGCCCAUCUCCCGCACGGAGGUGCCCCCCGACGACGACGAGCCGGCGGCCUACUGCCCGCGGCCCCUGUACCCGUACAAGCCAUACCCGGCGUCGCAGGCCCGCUCCUCCGACUACCACGUCACGCAGCUACAACCUUACUUCGAGAACGGCCGGGUGCACUACCGCUACAGCCCCUACUCCUCCGGCUGCUCCGCCGCCUCCUCCGCCGCCGCCGCCUACUACGGCGGCCCCGAUGGCGGCAGCGGCGGCAGCGGCGCCCUGUGCGACUUGGAUGCCUACGGCACCGUGCAGCUGCGGCCCCUGCACCACCACCACCACCGCCUGCCCGGCCGUGACCUCGCCUUCCACAACCCCCGGCUGCAGGGCAAGGGCCUGUACGGGUACGGGUACGCCGCCGGGCUCCCGCCGCCCCGGCCCCGGGCCGCCCUGGCCGGCUACUUCCCCGGGAAUGACCACGGCCUUGUGGGCGUGUCCCCGGCCGGCGAGGGGAAGCACGCCUACACCUCGUGGGACCUGGAGGACAUGGAGAAGUACCGCCUGCAGUCCAUCCGCAGGGAGAGCCGGGCCCGGCAGAAGGUCAAGGGGCCCGUCAUGUCCCAGUACGACAACAUGAUGGGCCCCCCGGGCGCCCUGCAGGAGGAGCUGGGCGGCGGCAUCUAUGUCAUCCACCUGCGCAGCAAAUCCGAUCCUGGGAAAACUGGACUCCUCUCCGUGGCCGAGGGCAAGGAGGCCCCCCGGCCCCCCGGGAAGGCCCUCAGCCCCGAGGGCGGAGACCCCUUCUACCGCAAACACCCGGAGGCCGAGCUGGACAGGGCCCAUCACCACGGGCAUGGGCACGGCGGGCAUGGGCACGGCAACGGGCAGCCAGAGAAACCGUCCCUCCCGCAGAAGCAGAGCAGCCUCAGGAACCGCAAGCUGCACGACACUGGCUGCGGCGGCGGCAGCGGCCUCCCCGAGCACAGGGCACCCCAGGAAGCAAGCCAUAGGCACCCAUGCGAGCCGAGAAAUGGGCCCCCGCACCCUCAGGGGGCCGGCCUCUUGGAUUACGGGUCCAAAGGGAGCCCGGACGCCUGCGAGCCCGCCAGCUACCACCACAACUCUGCAGGGAAGUACAUGACCCUGGGCCCCGAGUCUCUGCGGCUGAACCACAAGGAGGCGGCGAGGCUCUGCAAAGAGCUGGAGAGGCCUCCUCGGGCCAGGCAGCCCCGAGACUGCUAUACGGAGGACGAGCCGCAGCUCGGCCAGGCGUCGGUCCCGCCCCCGAAGCCCGAGCGGAGCCACAGCCUGAAGCUCCAUCACACCCAGAGCGGGGAGCAGCGGGACCCCGGGGCGCUGUGCCAGUACCCGGCCCACGGCCGGCGCCAGGGCAGCCUGGCCACCGUGUCCCAGUACGACAACCUGGAGGGCUACCACUCGCCGCCCCAGCUCCAGCGAGGGGGCUUCGCGGGGGGAGCCGUGGGGGCCUACCUGCCCCCCAGCUUCGCCCACCCGCAGAGCAGGACCUACGCCACCGCGCUGGGGCAGGGCGCCUUCCUGCCCGCGGAGCUGGCCCUGCAGCAGCACCCUGAAACCCAGGUCCAUGCGGAAUGAGCCCCCGAGAGAGCAAUAGAGUUGAAGCAGCCUCUGCUGGACAGUGGACUGUUCUAUUUUUUUUUUUUUUUUUUUUCAGUAACCAAAAAGAUUAAAAAAAAAAAAAAAAAAAAAAAGCUACCCCCCCCCCACUCCCCACAACCACAUUCAGAAACAAAACAUAGUUAAGAGAAAUCUCCCCUUCCUGUUUCAUUUCCGCCUCUAAGGACUCAUUGCUUUGUCACUAGAUGAGAUCCGAGUGGCUGUCAAGCACAGGGUGUUGACAACCUGGUAGGGAGCCCGUCGCCACCCGGUAGUGCGAAUCCGUGAGAGCCCAGCCCGAGGACUGCCUGCGUUUGGACAUGGCUUUGUCCUUCCUAGUGCCGGCUGUGCAUCUCAGAGCAGUUGCCAUCGUUUCCUUUUGCAUUCCUGCCGAUGUGUGUCCCGGGCCCGUGUCGCCGGCUCAGGCUGGCACUCCGUUCCCACGUCAUUCUCCCCGUUUCACGUUAAAUUCCAAC